AUGUUUAUGUCAGUCGGUUACGACAUCCAACAAGGCGUCCCUGUCCCACAGAUGCAGGGGCUUCUGCAUCAUUGGAAGACUGAAUACUUGCCCAAGUGGCGCCAGCACGAAGCCAAGCUCAACGAGCUUCCAAUGUUCACCAUGCCCGUAGAGUCUGACGGCUUCGGAACGCUCGACAUCCACUUUGUCCAUGCCAGGAGCAACAACCCCAACGCAAUACCACUGCUGUUCGUCCACGGAUGGCCUGGCAGUUUCCUCGAGGUGACCAAGAUGUUGAAGGGUCUGACGAGCCCUGAGGAUGCCAGCUCGCAAGCAUUCCAUGUCGUUGCGCCGAGCUUGCCCAAUUAUGGCUUUAGUGAUGGCGUGAAGAAGAGAGGUUUCAAUAUUUGCCAUUAUGGGUUUGUACUGAACAAGCUAAUGCUGGGUUUGGGUUACAACCGGCACCACGACCAAAGUCUCCGCGGCAAUCUUGCCAUGUUUGAUUUCCUGAACCUGCUGAAGAAGCCUUGGCUCAUCCUGCUCGCCAUGCUGUGGCCGCCGUUCUGGCCAUCCAAGGACAGCAUUGCGGGGUUACGCCGAGGGCUAAACUACGCAUCCGGCGGCAAUGACUAUUACAGAUUGCAGUCCACCAGGCCGCAGACGGUUGCAUUUUGUCUCGAGGAUCCGCCGGUCGGUCUGCUGGGAUGGAUGUAUGAGAAGCUGAUCCACUGGACGGAUGAGUGCCAGUGGACAGAGGACGAAGUCUUGACAUGGGCCUCCAUCUACUGGUUCUCCCGCGCCGGGCCUGUUGCCAGUGUUCGGACGUAUUUCGAAGCCGAGAAUCCAGCCAGGGCGUGGAAUGGCUUAUCGACUGACAGGAAAUUCUGGGACUGAGUCAGUGACAGCCGUGGACCAUCCUGGGUUUCCUCGGGUGCUAAUUUCUGUUUCUAUUCGUCCCAGACCAGUCAGUUCCCCAAAGAUAUUGUCGCGAUACCCGUCAUCG